GUGCGGCUGCUCCUGCUGAUUUUUCAAGAAACGAAGCAUGGCAUCUACCUAACGUUCCGAGGCUUCCAUCUGCUGGCGCCGAAUCCCCAAGUGUGGACCGCCGGAACAAGAAAGAAACGCUACAAGGCAAAAGACCCACAACGCAAAAUCGGGUCUUUCUCCUCUUCUUGCUCCCUCUCGUCUUCCGAAUUCGAUACCCAGUAGACUUGCGGUGCCACCCUUUAUCGGUAGUGAUUCGCUCUGCUUGCCGGCCGAUGGAGAUGGUGCAGCUGAAGCUCGCGGUUCUGGCGCUUUGCCUGCUUCUGCCUUUCAAUCGAGCCACCGACGUCAGCUACUGCGAUAAGAAGACGGAGUAUGCUGUUAAGGUCUCUGGAGUGGAGAUAUCGCCCUCUCCGGUGGCGAGAGGCCAGCCGGCCACCUUCAGCAUUGCCGCUACCACAGGCGAAGCAAUCGAUGGAGGGAAAUUGGUGAUCGAUGUCUCAUACUUUGGAUGGCACAUUCAUAGUGAGACCCAUGACCUUUGUUCAGAGACAUCUUGCCCUGUAACAGAGGGAGAUUUUGUUGUGGCUCACUCACAAGUUUUGCCUGGAUUUACCCCGCCUGGUUCUUAUUCCCUCAAGAUGAAGAUGUAUGACGCGAAUCAGCAAGAGCUCACCUGCAUUGCCUUUGAUUUCAACAUCGCGUUCGCUUCAUCUGUAGCCGAAAGCUAAAUGCCGUGGAAAGUGGUUAAGUCUCCUUAUGAGUGUUAUCGUACCAGUGUACAAAAGAGAGUUUCUUUAAGAGUUUGUUAUUCCUAGCCUAUUUCAAUGUUGAAUAAUUCGAUGUGCGUCUUGUAACUCUGUCGUGUUCCGGAGAUUCUUAAAUUAUCACUUACGCUUGUUCAUGCA